GGUCACUGAUUUGAAUCUGUAUAGGUGCGGGCAACUUCUGUUUCCAUAGCCCUCGCGCGACUGGCGUUGGUUGCGUGGCAGUGAAGCGUCAAUACGACAUGCUGGCAUACUGUUGAUGCUUUGUUCUUUUUUUUUUCUUGCACUGCCUUUUAUGAGACAUUGUGGACAGGAUGUUGAAUUGUGUCGAAAUGCCGAUGUUGCUGUUGGCGGAUCCGUUGUGCUUUCGAGCUAUCUUUUUGUCUCGUCCCUUUUCUCCCUAUCAUUUUUUGCCAAAAAAUUUUGUCUCCAAGUAAAGAGUGAAUCCUGACUAGCCGCUUGAUGCAAUUGCUUCGUCAUGCCUUUCUGCAUCCUACCAACUGUUUACUUUACAGUGUCAGAACUAACGCGAAUCGCACCUCAAUAUGUCGCAUAAAACGAAAGAUCUACCCUCGUAUGUAUCCGGUGAUCGUUGCAUUUGCUGAUGGAGGCUCCGUUCGCAUUCGUUUCCAUGAGCCACGGCACCUUUUGCAACUCCCCCUCGACCUGAACGAUUGCUCAGCAGAGGAGAAACAACGACGUCUCCUCAGGCGCUCUCCACGUACUCGUUUGGUACUUCAUGAAGAGCUGGAGGACACCUUUGACAGUAGUGCUUACGAUUUUCUUCUAAAAUAGAACAGUUUCUGAUUUCA